AAAAGGGUUGUAUUAUUGUCAUUGGAAUCCACAUUUCUUGGUUGUGCAAGGAGGAAAAGGACAAAGAGCUGAUCCUAAUCUUCCGAGUGUUUGUGUGACCGCAAAUUUGUGACGUUGGGUGAUUAAAACAUUACCAGUUUUGUCAGCUCAUCAAGACCAUGUGGAUAUGAAAGCUAAUGAACAGAGCCUACAAGAAUUCCUCUCAGCAGAGCAAACAUUACGCCAGUGGAUUCUUGGAGCAUAAUGGCCCUCGAUGAGACUUAGGAGAGUAUAAUUAUGUGACGUGAAAAAAAUAUACCUCCUUCAAAACCCAAUGUGCAAUGUAAACCAAGUUAAUGUGAUUUUAAUUGGAAAUUAUGCAGUGAUUACUUUUUUUAAUUUAUUGAGAACAAUGCGAAAAUAAUGAGAGAAGAAGAAAUCGAGACGGCCAUUAAAGUGGUUGUGGUGGGGAAUGGGGCGGUGGGGAAGUCCAGCAUGAUCCAGAGGUACUGCAAGGGAAUCUUCACCAAGGACUACAAGAAGACCAUCGGAGUGGACUUCCUAGAGAGACAAAUAGAAGUGGAUGGAGAGGAAGUUCGUCUAAUGCUGUGGGAUACGGCAGGACAAGAAGAGUUUGAUGCCAUUACCAAGGCUUACUACAGAGGUGCCCAGGCCUGCGUGUUAGCAUUCUCCACCGUCGACAGAGAUUCAUUUGAAGCCAUUGAAUCGUGGAAGAAAAAGGUUGAAGAUGAAGUUGGGGAGAUAGGAAUGGUGAUAGUCCAGAAUAAAAUAGAUCUGAUCGAUGAUGCUGUAGUGGAAUCGGAAGAAGCAGAGGCUCUUGCCCAUAGACUCCGCCUUCGGUUUUACAGGACAUCCGUGAAAGACAAUCUCAAUGUGGAUGAAGUGUUUCGGUACCUCACAGAGAAAUACUUGUUUCAAAUCAAUUGUGAGGUAGAAGAGGAGCCUGAUAAUCAACCAAAGAUAUCUAUAGGUGUGUUAGACACUGAAACUAAUAAUCAUGUGAAAGACUCGACAGAGAAAACUAAAGACAAAACUAAUGGCAAACUCCUAAAAAAGAAACAUAAAAACCGUGCAAAUGAUGAUCCAGAUACUAUUAGACUGGAACCAAGUAAACGAAGGACUCGAGGUAAAAAAUCCGUACUACAGGUUGCCAAGUGUGUUAUUUUGUAGCGCCCAACCACUAGAAGUUUGUGUAUCCAUAUAAAGUGUGCAUUUCGCCUUGACAUAGUAUCUCCAUGUGUGAAUGUGUAAACCUUUAAUAUUCAACAAGUGGUUCUAUGCCAGAUGAACAAGCUGCUGAUGUAAUUGGGAUUUCUACUAUUUAGAUAAGAAAUUUCCAUCAGGAACCUUCUGCCUAUGAUUUUUUUUUUUGGAUUGCACUGAUCCAAGAAUAUUUGUAUAUUUAUCAGAUAUGAGUACAUAAUUCAUGUAUUUUGAUGAAUGGAAUGAUAAAAACAUAACUGGAAGAAAAACAUUUGGAAUGAGAGUACAUUUUGCAGUUAUUUUGCCAUGUGGCUUUUAAACAGCCUUGCUUAUUGUGCUCAUAUUGACAAAUAUCUGUGUUAAAUAUCUGUCACAUGACAAUCAUGUGACAUCAUGAUGAUGUCAGUAUGGUUUUAGGAUUAAUGUCUUGGAUGUACAAGGAAUAUAUCGAUCCAGACAGUCACUUUUCUCUGACACUAGUUAAUUUAUCCGGGCUGUUUGUAUUAGUUUAUGUCAUUUGUGUUUUAAAUUAUGUAUUGUGAAAAUAUUGAUGAAGUAUUUUUGAAAGAAUGGAAUUUAUGCAGUGUUUGUAACUUUAUAGCUAGACAUGCAGGCUGGCUGCUAUAUUUAAAGUUGUCAGUCCUGUCAAAGAUCUACUAGCUUGGGAAUAGGGAUGCCUUUUAAAAGUUAUUUUUGUUAUAAAUGCAAAACCAUACAACUUUUGGGGAAUUUUUUGUUUCCUUUUUUUCAUUGUCUGAAACAGCAACCCUAAUAGUCUGUAUAAUGUGUUAACACAAACCCAGUUUACCUCAAUUUAUAAUCUUAAGAAAUUGAUCUAUGAAUAAAGUUUUCCACAAUUAGAUUCAAUCUCCAUUAUAAAGAUAUAAUGUGUUGUGUCCCCUGAUUCAUUAAACUUCAAGUAAUGGUACAGUUAGUCUAAUAAAUAAAAUUAUUAACACUAAGAAAUCACUUAUUUUCAUUGUUUGGUGGUAAGAGGAGUCCCAAAAAUUUAUGUCCACCAUAUUAUCUUGGCAACUCUGCAACCAUAAAAUCCCACUCAGCCAUUUUCCCCCCCCCCCCCCCCAAGAAAAAAAAAAAACCUUAAAAAUGUGACUAUACUAUUAUUUGUGAUUUUAUGGUAAGCAGAAAUUUUAACAAGUCCAGUCAAUUUUGUUUGCAUGGGACAAGUGAAAGCUAUUUCAAACACUUCAUGUAAUAUAUUGCAAAAUACAAUGUACAUUCUGCAGGUUGUACUUGAGGUUGUGAAAUGAUUAUCUCCCUUGAUUUUUGAUAAUGUUUUAAAACAUUUACAAACAAGCAAUGUGAAUUUCAUGGCUUAAUAUUUACUACAAGUUUAAUCAUUAUACCCAAUCCCCAGCCCCUUCCCUUUCUGAAACUGGAUUUUAAAGUGUCUCUGUUGUAAGACAUUUGUAAUGAAAACACAGCAAGAAUAAGUUCAAUUUCUGCUGCAAACUAUAUCAUUCUGCAUUUAUAUUUGCUAAAGACUCUUCUUUGUUAUGGAAGAGAACAUAAAAUUCUAUUUUGGGCAUUCAUCUACCAGACAUUUUAUUACACACAACAAAAUUCAUUUGUAGUAUGUGCUUUACUAGACUAAAGGGCACAUCUUUAAGUAUAGAUUUACAAAUUUCACAUUGUUCUUAAAAAUUCUUUUCAGGAAACACUGGUAUUUGAAUUACACUAAAUCAACAGCACAUUGUUUAUGCCAACAGAAGCAGCAUUGAAUUAACAUUUUGUUUACCAAUUUCGAUACAUGUAUCAUUAUAGCAAAAUUUAUGGUCUGGAACCAAAAUCAAAAAAAGAAAUGUGCAGCCCUUAGUAGAAACACUUCUUAAAAGGACUGCAGUUGUCAUAACAAAAACCUGUUAAUGACUAAUUACUUUCCAGCAGGAGCCUGAAUUCCAUGUAGUAAAUCUCAACAACCCAUUGUAAGAAAACCAUAUUCCUGGCAACAAUGUAGUGCUAUAUUUAAACAAAACACUGUCAGGAACUUUAGGGGGUGGAGGUUUACAGGGGAAUGCAUUAUUUGAAUUAUUUAUAGCUGGUCCUAAGAGCGAUUAUUUAUACAUCCUGUUUAUUGCCAGGAUAGUGUUCAUGUGUUUGUUAUUUAAGUGUAUUUUUGUAUUUUUCUGAUCCAAUAAAACCAUAUUUAACACCUUUGUAAAAGAUAAGAAAUUUAUAUUAAUAUUUAUUUAAUUUUUAUUUCAAUUAUAUUCAAGUUUCUAAAUUUUUAUAAUUUUGAAAUGCAUGUUUUGAAUAAUCCAUACAGAAUUGUGAUUUGAGGUACAUGUACCCAUGUGCUUAAAUUGAUAUGUGCUUUUGAAUUUUUUUGCUUUUACAGUUGCAUUUACAUAAAGACUAGCUUACAUAAAUGUGAACAAAAUGGAAACUACUUAAUAUGGAUCUGAGACAGAGUUGAACAUGUAAUGUUUUUUUUUCAAUUAUCAAAUCUUAAGAUUUUUUUUACUGCAAUGAAUUUUCUAUGAUUCAUAUAAGAUAUAGUCAUAUUUUUUUUUACUGCAAGUUUUAACGAUUCAUAUCAUAUAUGAUAUCUCAUGAAAUUGUCAAAAUUUAUAACAAGUAAAUGACCACAUACAUUAUGUGAUCCAAAUAAAAUGAAAGGGUGUAUAACUAGCAUUAAAAAAAUAAAAUUUGUAUUAAAUAUCA